GGUGGUAUAAGAUAUUCAACCUCGAUCAUUUUUGUUUUCUUUUGCGUGUUUACAUUGAAAUUACGGUAAAAUUUGGUGGAUUCAACGUGGAAAGAAGCACCCCCACAUCGUGAUGAUGCCCCCAAAGAGUAUCAUCGUGGCCUUUGAGGUCUCCGCAGCGACUUUCCUAAUGAUUUUAAUGGAAUUCGCUGCUGCAGCUGAACUGCACAGCGUGAAGAAAGACUCCCCAACACCAGAACUUCCAUCUUCCAGCAACAGCACCAACGCAAAAGGCGCAGGAGCUUCCACAAAUAGCACAACAGCUUCCCCGCCGGGUUCCCCACCACAGUGGGUGAAGACAGACGAUAGUUCCCUUCAGACAGCCUUCCUGGCAUUUGCAGCAAUUGGAAUUUUGUUGAUCUUCUUCAUCAUCUUCCGGAGCUACAGGCUACGCACAAGUCGCGCUGAACGACGCUACGGGGUGCUGGGGAAUCGCAAUACGCAGGAACUCACACCCCUACCCAUGGCCGUGGAUGAGGACAGUGCAGAUGAUGAGCAAACGCUCUUCGAUGCGAGUCACAGGAGUGGUGGUGAAACCCAGCCACGAAUGGUGCUUUAGAGGGACAGACAGAGUGCCCCCACGAAGGGCCCUCCGGACACGCGGUGCUCGCAUCUCAUAUGUGAUAAAUCGAAAGAAUGCGUAUUAUUUUGUUAAUUAAUUAAAAGAAAACUACUAAAUGUUUGCCAAGAAUAAUUAAUAUUAAAAGACUAAUAACUCAAAAAUUAAAA